UCAGUUGAAAGUGUUUUGUCAUAGCGAAAUAGUUAUCAAAUACAAUGAAAUAUACCACAAUUAUUUUAUUUGCGCUAGCCGCAUUCGUUUUGCCAACAUUCGCCGCAAAUGACUACCUGUGGGGCGAAGUUGGUGUAAACGAUUACAAAUUGGCCAAGGAUACCGUUUCGAAGGCGUUUUUCGUUGGUCUGGUGCAGACCAAAAAAUACGUAUUCAAGCAGUCGGACAACCUAAAUGCGCUGACCAUUACGGCAAUUAAGAUUACCGACAAAAGGAAGAGUCACGGAGCAACUGCUGUAUUGGUCAGUGGAGGUCCUGGAUCCAAAGGAGCAACUAUUAAGUUCACUUCGGAACGAGGUUACGGCAUCAAGGAUACCGUGGAAAUAUGGGGUCGUUAAAUACCCUUAAGAAAGUGGCAUUCUACAUAUAUAACGCAACGCAAUGCAAAACAAAAAACUGAAUUUGUGUUUUUUUUUGAUGCAAGUGAAAUGUCUAAUUUCAAAAAUAUGUACCCUCCGUUUUCUUGUUUUAUUUUUUGCCCUGAUUGAAAAGUUUUAAUAUUGUCUCUCAGUGCUCAGAGGUUAAAUUGACUUUGACAUGGGGCGCAGAAAGUAAAAACGAGCAAAUCAAACACACCAACAGAGAUAACAAUAAAAGCGAUUAAAUAUAUAGCAAAAGUGA